AUGAAUGUAAGCAAGAAUAAUUUGAUAAAACAAUCAGAUAUAACAUUUCAUAAAAAAUCAAUAUUACAACAAAAUAGAAAAACAAAAUUAAAUAAAUUACAACAAGAUCUUUUGCAAUAUUAUAAAGAAAUAAUAAAUCAUACAGAUAUCUCAUCACAAUUACGAGAAAUUCAAUUAGCAAUAGAAAGAGAAACAAGAUUAUUUGCUAAACAAAAAGUAACUUUAUUUAAUUUAGUAAAUGAAAAAUAUCAAAAAAGUAUACAGCAAGAAAUAAUCAACAAUAUUAAUGAGAAAAUAAAUAAAGAAUCCAAUAUUGUUAAAUUACAAGUUGAUAUAAAAGAUGAGAUUGAUGAUGAUAAUAAUCUUACUUUUCAACAAAAACAUGAAUUACAUAAUAUACAUAAUGAAAAAAUUAGAAAUCUUCAUGGAGGACAUUAUGAUAAAAUGAUACAACUUAAUGUAUCAUUAAAUAAAGGCCAAAAAAAAGAAUUACAAGAUUUGAGAAAACAAUGUUUAAUUUUAUUAAUUAAUAAAAAUUACGACUCAUUAUUAAAUGAGAUUCAACAAUCAAAAGAUAUCGAAAGAUUAAAAGAUGAUGCAAGACGAUCACAAUUAGAUUUUCUUAUUAGUGAAAAUGAAAAUCAAAUUUAUAAUUCAUUAUUAACCAAGAUUCAACAAUCAAAAGAUAUUGAAAGAUUAAAAGAUGAUGAUCAAGUAAGAAGAUCUCAAUUAGAUUCUCUUUAUGGUAACGAUGAAAAUCAGAGUUAUGAUUUAUUAUUAGAAUUAAUUCAUAAUACUAUUAAUAAAAUAGAAUAUGAAUAUUUGACAAAUGAACGAACUAAAUCAAUACUUCAAGAAUUAUUGAAUAAAAGAAUUCAAUAUUUACAACAAUUAGAAGAAGUACCUAAACGCCUGCAAACAAAACAUCCUAUUGAAGAAGUUGAAAGUAAUAAUUCAACAACAAAUCCCGAUAAAGCAGACCAAGAACAUAAUUUAGCAGGAACAGUAGAUCAACAAAUAACAUAUAUAAUUAAUCAAUAUAGAAAAAUUUUAAGUGCUGAAGAUCAAAAAAAAUAUUUUCCUUGUACAAAAACUAAAACAGUAUUAGGAAAAGAUGAUUCAUUUCUUUUUGAAAAAAAUUACAAAGCAACAAAAAUUAAUGAGAUGAAAAAUAUAAUUAAUAAUUUAAAUAAUUAUUUGUAUGAAGAGCCUAGAAAAAAAGCAAUGAUAUCGAAAGAAAGAUUACAAAAACAUAAAAAAUUAGAAAAUUAUAAAAACAUCCAAUGA